AUGCAAUCAUCAAUUCUCGCCAUCACUGCCUUCUUUGCACUUUUAGCCAUCAGUUUUACUGCUGAAUCUCCAUCAGUAUUAACAGAUUCGGUUUUUGCCGAUGAUACUGGACGUGUACAGCUUCUUAUCAACCAAAUAGUUAAUAUUCUUCCACCAAAUAUUCGUGGUGGCAUUGAUGAUGCUGCAGCUUUAUUUGGCAUGACACGUCAUGAAUUUCUUUUGAGAGUUUUAAAAGAAUUACAAGCUUUUCAAGCUUAUUCAAAGAUUGAUUUUAUUACUGCAAUACAAAAAGCAAUUAAAUUUGCCGAUAACCAAGUAACAGAAGAACAACAAGAAUCAUUAGAAAGUUUAGAACCACAAGGCGUUGAAUUUGCCAAAUUAUUAUUUUCAAAUCAAUUACAAGCAGGUGAAAUGAAUGGACUUUAUGAUUUACUUGUUAAAAUUGUUCGACAACAAAUCACUGGUGAAGAAUUAGUUGAUGCAUUGCCACAAGCAAUUGAUGCAGUCUUGUUGCAACACGACUUGAAUGAUGCCCCUUUUACCGCGAUUGCUGAAGUUCUCUAA